AUUAGGAUCUCUACCUGAAAUUUUCAUUAAACUCCAUAUUUCUAACAAUUUUAAAUCCUAUUCUAAGAAUCCUGUUGCCUUUCGAUUAUCUUUGGAUCUGUAUGGAGAAUUCUCCUAAACAUAAUGUGGUGGAAGGGGAACAAUUGGAGGAGAUGAAAUCUGCUGAGAUUAUCGCUGAGGAAGUUUCUCUUAAACACGAUGUUGAAACUGCUUCUGCAACAUUGGAGGAGAACAAUGGGGAAGAGAUUAAAGAGACGAAAUUUGUUGAGAUCAUUGAUGAUGAAGUUUAUCCUAAACCUAUUGUUGAAAUUGAGGAGUUGAUCGAUGAGAUGGAGUCUAUAGACAUCCACCAAGAAGACAAGACUGUUUCUUUUAAGUUUGAGACACAGCAAGAUAAGUUGGAUGGUGAUGAUCAUGAUGAUGAUGAUGAUAAUGAGGAUGAUGAUAGUGAGAGUUCUGCUUAUUUAAAACAUGACGAUGAAAUAGAGAAAGCUGAUGAAGAAGAAACAAUGGAUGAUAACGAGAAUCUGAAACCCGACUCACCCGAUUCUACAUCAUCCGCUUCUGCUUGGACGGAGAAAGCAGCUGCGAUCAAGAAUUUCGUUAGAGUAAAGAGUGAAGUCGCGGUACAUACAUUAAUGCGCCGUCUUUCUGGGAAAAUGAACGAUGAAAACGCUGCUCAAAAUAUACCAAAUGAUGGGAAAGACUCAAGAGAUGAUGAAUCUCCUAAAGUAGAAGGGAAGUCAUCAUUCAUAUGGAAUCCCUUAAGCUAUUUGAAGAUGAUGCAGAACGAUGAUUCGGUUGAUAAAGGAGAUGCAACGACGACAAUGGAGACAGCAUUGGAGCCUGUAGUGAUGAAAGGUAGGAUUAUACUUUAUACAAGACUAUGUUGUGAAGAAUGCAGAGAAUGUAGAAUAUAUUUGCAUGAAAAGAGGCUUAGGUAUGUCGAGAUAAACAUCGAUAUCUACCCCACAAGAACGCUGGAGCUGGAAAAUAUUUCCAGAUCUUCUUCAGAAGUUCCUAAGGUUUUCUUCAAUGAAGUGUUAGUUGGGAAUUUAAAGAAGCUCAAGGAAUUGGAUGAAUCAGGUCAACUUGAUGCGAAGAUUGAACAUUUGAUAGCCGAAGCACCGCCUAGAGAAGCUCCUCUGCCACCACUUUCAGGGGAAGAUGAUGCAUCAAGUAAAGGUCCUGUAGAUGAACUAGCUUUAAUAGUGCUGAAAAUGAAGCCUUUCAUCGUCAAGGAUCGGUUUUAUAAGUUGCGAAGGUUUAAAAACUGUUUCUUAGGUUCUGAAGCUGUGGAUUUCCUAUAUGCGGAUCAACGUCUUGAAAGAGGCGAGGCCAUUGAAGUUGCUCGAAAACUUGCAAGCCAACUCUUCUUUCAACAUGUCUUAGACGAGAAUCUGUUUGAGGAUGGGAAUCACUUGUACCGGUUUUUAGAUGAUGACCCUAUUGUGUCAUCUCAAUGCCACAACAUCCCUAGAGGAAUAAUUGAGUUGAAGCCAAGACCAAUUGAAGAAAUCGCGUUUAGAAUCCGACUUUUGUAUCUAGCAAUCCUUGAAGCUUACACUUCACCAGAUGGAAAACAUGUGGACUACAGAAGCAUCCAUGGAAGUGAAGAGUUUGCAAGGUAUCUGAGAAUAAUCCAAGAGCUCCACAGAGUAGAACUUGAUGAUAUGCAAAGAGAGGAAAAACUCGCCUUCUUUGUAAACCUUUACAACAUGAUGGCUAUUCAUGCAAUACUAGUAUGGGGACAUCCAACAGGACCACUUGAACGAACAAAGAUGUUUGGGGACUUCAAAUAUGUUAUUGGUGGCUACACUUACUCGCUCUCAGCUAUCCAAAAUGGCAUUCUAAGGGGUAACCAGAGACCGCCUUACAAUCUUAUGAAACCUUUUGGUGCAAAAGAUAAACGUUCCAAGGUUGCUCUGCCUUAUGUCGAACCUUUGAGUCAUUUUGCUCUGGUUUGUGGUACUCGGUCUGGACCGCCUCUCCGAUGUUUUUCGCCUGGAGAGAUCGAUAAAGAACUCAUGGAGGCUGCUCGCGAUUUCUUAAGGGGUGGGGGACUCAUAGUUGAUCUCAAUUCCAAGUUGGUGCAUAGGUAUGGGGUUGAUUUCGGAAAGGGUGAAGAGGAGGCACUGAAGCAUGCAUCAACCUACUUGGAGCCACAACUUUCAGAAGCUUUGUUGGAUUUUCUAGUUGAUACUCAGUUCAGAGUAGUCUACCAAACAUAUGAUUGGGGGCUUAACAACUAA